AUCAAGCAAUACAACCAACUAUGAGUUUCAAGAGCGAGCCAAUUUUCAAACAGAUCGAAACAUCUCUUUCAUCCAAUCCAAGCUUAGCUAAAGAGUUGGUCAAGAAGACGAAUUCCGUCAUCAUCUUCAACUUGAAGAACAAGAAAGGCGAACAGAAAGCAUGGAAGUUAGAUUUGAAAAAAGAAGGAACAUUGACUGAAACCACAGCGGAUGCUGAGUCUGAUUUACUCAUCAACUUGGGUGACUUGGACUUUAAGAAGUUGGUUAACGGCAAGAGUAACUCCCAAAAGUUAUUCCUCACUGGAAAGUUGAAAGUGAGAGGUGAUGUUAUGAAAGCUGCAAACAUUGAGAAAAUCUUGAAAGCAGUUGCGCCUGCAAAGGCCAAGUUGUGAUGGAACACAUCUGACUGUGUGCCAAUUUUGUCGUUCGUGCUCUUUUCAUAUACAUACUGUUUUCUUAGCUUUGAACAAGUACAAUUUGACUAGUCAGGACGCUUAGGUUAAAUGGCUCGAACACAUCAG